AUGUUUCCGGGCUUCCUACCGCGUCUCAUGAAGCAUACGCAUGUGGGUGGCACCAACAAUCUCGACAAAUCGGUCCUUUUUGGGAAGGAAGUUCUUCUCUCCGAAAGCGACUCCCUAGGGCGUCUGCUGGAUGUCUAUGUCAGCCAGUGUCAUUAUUAUUGGCAAGAGCCUGAUGUUCUCGCCUGGUUGGAGCACAACGUGGAGGCGGUUCUCCGAUUGGUAGAGCCUGUCAUUAUCCCCGGUUCAUCUACUUCAGCCUGCCCAAAUGCAGAUCCCGACCCCCGACUGCGCAAGUACUCGGAGAAGUUAGUUUACGUCCACUGCUGCUUUUUUGCUCUGUGUACUUCGGUCAGCUAUUGUUUGAAGAAACCUGCAUUCCUGGCCUAUUUUUGA